GUUGAAGUAGUUAGAACAACAACACUGAAGACGAAGAUGCUCAAGUUGGUUGCAUUCUGGGCCAUGCUGGUUGCUCUGCAGCUGAUCAGCGGUGUGCGUUGGGGCAAAGAAUGUUGGUACGAAUCAGCAGGACGAAAGAUGCCAGAUGAUGCCGCGGAUCUCAUUCCUGGCGCAACCUCUGUUGAGGCAUGCAAGAAACAUUGUCUCGAAACCGACGGCUGUCUCAUCAUUCAGGUCGUUGAUGGCAACAAAUGUUACAUGGAAAAAAUAGGUGCUCACUUCCCCUGGAAAAAACUGUUGGAAGACCAGCCUAACGUGGUGUACUACCAAAACUGCAGGGAAAUAGCUCCUGAUGAAUAGACAGAGACUCGGAAACUUACUGUGCCUCUUCAUUUUAAAUAAACAAAAUUAAUUUAAUUCGGAAAAUUACAUUUUAUCUUUAUUCAACAGUUUUAAAUGAUUAAAUAAAUGAGUGAAUCUUUUGUUCAAAAA